GAGGGCAAAAGCCUCAGUAUUCGAGAACCAGCAACAGGCGAUACAACACGAGGAGAUAGAGAUAUUCAAGAAUUUUAUGAGCUAACAUUGCUUGACGAAUCGAAAACGGUUCAGCAAAAGACAGCUGAGACGCUCCGGAUUGCUGAUAAGUGGGAGGCUAGUGAUGGACCAAUCACGCCCACGCCAACCUACGCUCAAAAUGAUGGGGGUCCAGUUUCUGCUUUCCCGCUGAACCAGACAUUGAUGAACAUCUACGGCCGCAGGUCGGCAAGUCCAGAUGUUUCUGGUUCAGUAGAUUUGAAUCAGAAAACUAGGCAUGGCGUUGAUGAACAAUUACCAGUUCCUUCUUCACCUUCAUUGCUUAAGGAUUCAACUCAAGUUGAUGGUGUUUCUAGACCGAAUUCUGUAGAUCGAGUCAUCCACUCUGAUGCUAUUCCACACAUUAUUGCUAGCCAUGAAACUCUCAACAAGAGUCACGACAGUUGGCAAGGGCACGACAGCGAUCAGGCACACACUCCACUUCUCGCUGGGGACACGAGACAUGUCAAUGGCGAUGACGACUGGGAAUACGAGGAGAUCGUCCUGGAAAGAGGCAGCGCCGGUCUUGGAUUCAGCAUCGCUGGGGGAACGGAUAAUCCUCACUUUGGAAAUGACUCGGCCAUCUACAUUACGAAACUUAUCCCUGGUGGCGCUGCCUCAGCCGACGGUCGUCUACGCGUUAACGACACGAUACUCCAGGUGAAUGAUGUGUCCGUCGUCGACGUACUUCACGCAGCAGCCGUUGACGCCCUCAAACGAGCCGGAAACACCGUUAAACUGUACGUUCGGCGGCGACGUCAUACGCAGCUGAUGGAAAUCGAGCUGAUCAAAGGCAACAAAGGAUUGGGAUUUAGUAUCGCAGGGGGUAUCGGAAAUCAACACAUCCCUGGGGACAAUGGUAUAUACGUCACGAAGAUCAUGGACGGAGGGGCUGCUCAGGUCGAUGGCCGACUUCUUGUUGGUGACAAGUUGGUCGCUGUCAGAAACGCAUUGCAGGGCGACAAAAAUCUGGAGAAUGUGACGCAUGAAGAAGCUGUCGCGACCUUAAAAGCCACACAGGAUCGAGUGGUCCUCCUUGUUUCAAAACCGGAAGGAACACUUCCACCACCACCAGCCUCCGAUCGGUCCUUGUCACCGCAGCCCCGAAAACAAAAUGGCUCUGUCUCAGCACUGGAGAACAACUCACUGGUGUAUUCUCAGGAAUCACGUCAUGCAUCCACUCUCGCACUCCACGGCACCGCGACGCCCCGCGCCGUGUCUCAGGAAGACGUGUCAAGAGAAGUGAGGACCGUAAUACUGAAUAAGGGAUCUUCGGGCCUGGGAUUUAAUAUCGUGGGUGGAGAAGAUGGAGAGGGUAUUUUCAUAUCCUUCAUCCUAGCCGGCGGUCCAGCCGAUCUCAGUGGUGAGCUUCGACGUGGUGACCAAAUUCUCAGCGUCAAUGGCAUCAACCUUAGGACCGCCACCCAUGAGGAGGCUGCGGCUGCCCUCAAGGGUACUGGUCAAACAGUGACGAUUGUAGUCCAGUACAAACCUGAGGACUACAACAGAUUCGAGGCGAAGAUCCACAAUCUCAAACAACAAAUUUCCCAGCAGAAUAUGAUGACAGGCACCCUCAUGAGGACCUCGCAGAAAAAGUCACUUUACGUUAGGGCACUUUUUGACUAUGAUCCGAACAAGGAUGAUGGGUUGCCAAGUCGUGGUCUCGCUUUCCGAUAUGGAGAAAUACUUCACGUCACAAAUGCCAGUGACGAUGAAUGGUGGCAAGCCAGAAGAGUCACUCCUCAGGGUGAAGAUGAAGGUCUGGGAAUCAUCCCUUCUCGUAGACGAUGGGAACGCAAGCAACGUGCCAGAGAUCGUUCUGUAAAGUUCCAGGGCCAUAUGCCUGUCAUAUUGGACAAGCAAUCGACACUCGAUAGGAAAAAGAAAAACUUUUCCUUCAGCAGAAAAUUCCCCUUCAUGAAAAGUAAAGACGACAAAUCCGAAGACGGUUCUGAUCAAGAACGGUCGCCCACAACACCUGAGAAUGAAAACGAUCCCGCCCAAUUUAUGCUGUGCUACACGCAGGACGACACUAACGCUGAAGAUUUGUCUUCCGCCACAGGCAGUAGAGAAAUUUUGUAUCGUGUUGAACUGCCUUAUAUGGAGGAACUGACUUUAGUUUAUCUGGAAAAGGAGGGUGUUGAGGAAAAUGAGGAUCUUAGUAGCGAAGAAAACGUUUUGUCUUACGAAGCUGUUCAACAACUUGGUAUCCAAUAUACUCGUCCAGUUAUCAUCUUGGGCCCCCUUAAGGACCGAAUCAGCGACGACCUCAUUGCCGAAUUUCCAGAUAAAUUCGGCAGUUGCGUUCCUCACACAACUAGGAGUAAAAGGGAAUACGAAGUGGAUGGUCGAGAUUAUUACUUCGCAGCAUCGAGGGAGCAAAUGGAGAGGGACAUUCAGAAUCAUCUAUUUAUUGAAGCGGGGCAGUAUAAUGACAACCUCUAUGGAACUUCGGUGGCUUCUGUGCGAGAAGUAGCUGAAAAGGGCAAACACUGUAUUCUUGACGUAAGCGGAAAUGCUAUCAAGAGGUUACAUAUUGCACAAAUUUACCCAAUCGCCAUUCUUAUUAAGCCCAAAUCUGUGGAAUCGGUCAUGGAAAUGAAUAAAAGGAUGACUGAGGAAAAAGCGAAAAAAGACUACGAGCUGACACUCAAAAUGGAACAGGAGUUUGGGGAAUACUUAACUGCUAUCGUACAGGGAGACACACCGGAGGACAUUUACGUGAAAGUGAAGGAAGUGGUCGCGGAACAGUCAGGGCCAAACAUUUGGGUACCAUGCCGGGAUCAGCAACUGUGACGUUCUGCCCCCGACAUUCACACAAGUCCCAACGCUUGGACAUUACCUCCGAGGCGUGAAGAUUAAUUGCUCUUCUUGAUACAAUUAAGCAAGCCCUCUAUCGCCUUUCCCCCUACCUAAGUAGCACAAUAUGUCCUAAUCAAGACAAGUGCGAAUCUCCGCACACAGAUUUAAAAAAAAUUGGCAUAAUUAUGGCUUUGAAAAAAAGGGGAAACGAGAUCAAAUAUCUCACUAAGCACAUAAUGUACAAUAUCUUCUCGAAAAUGUUAAUCACUGUAUCGAGUUGUGAGAAUCUUGAACCAUAAUCGUAUUUUGCUGAAUGUUCGACCGACGUAGUCUUUUUCUCUCUACUUGAAUCAUUUUUCGCAUUCAUUUUGAGAGUUGUUUUAAAACUGACAUGAUUUUUUUUCAUCAUUUUAUCCCCUGACCUCGAACUAUUUUAGAUUCUUUAAUUUUUUUUCUACAAAUUUUACAAAACUGGUCUUAUAAUUUGGAAAAAAAUGUUUUGUAGAUUAUCUAUCGGUUAUUUUGAGUGAUGUACGAUGGUAUUUUUAAACUGUAUGUACUUAAUUGCAUUAAGGCAAGAAUUAUUAUGGAUUGGAAGGUGAGGUUUAGUUCGAUUAAAAAAAAAUAAUAUAUCGAUCUCACUGAUGCUGAUCUGAUCAGACCUCACAUGACAAAUCCCUAGAGCUAGGAUAGCGAUAUAUAAUGUUUUGUACAGCUAGAUGACUAAGCCAGUAAUGGGUUACGUGCAACAUUAUAUAGAGAAGAGAAGAACACUAUUGUAAUUUGAAUAUUACUACUAAAUUAUUACAAUGAUUAUUAUAUAAUUGCUAUGAUAGUAGAUAAAUAUUACUGUAAAUAUCUGCCUGUAAUCGAGACGUCGAGCGUAAGCCACGAGUGUUAUUAGUAGGUCUCGGUUGUAUUUCUAGGCAUCUUUUCGCGAUCAGUACAAUGUCCUCUUCUUCAAGAAUCCCAGGAACGACAGAAGAAACACGAACGAACCCGAACGAGAAAGACUAAAUUGGACCUGCUCCAGUUUAUACAAAUGAACUGUACUUAGCGGUCGCGGUAUUGAUGUAAUUAAGAUGAUAAAUCGAUACCUUUGUGUUUAAAGAACUGUUGCUCGUUCCUAGGACGUCCUAUGUCGGCCCCGUGGACAAAAACAUUAUACAUCCCAAGAAACGUCCUUGGGACGUCCCUAGGACGUGCAAUGUCAGCCCAGUGGACAAAAAACUAUGAAUGUCCUAAGAACGUCCUAUAUCAGCACCUUGGGUAAAAAACUAUGAAUAUCCCAAGAACGUCCUUUGGACGUUCCGAGGAUGUGCAAUGUCAGUCCAGCGGAGACAAAACUAUGAAUGUCCUAGGACGACCUAUGUCGGUCCCGUGGACAAAAACCUUAAACAUCCCAAGAAACGUCCUUGGGACGUUCCUAGGAUGUGCAAUGUCAGCCCAGUGGACACAAAACUAUGAAUGUCCUAAGAACGUCCUAUGUCAGCACCUUGGGUAAAAAACUAUGAAUAUCCCAAGAACGUCCUUUGGACGUUCCUAGGAUGUGCAAUGUGAGUCCAGUGGACACAAAACUAUGAAUGUCCUAGGACGACCUAUGUCGGCCCCGUGGACAAAAACCUUAAACAUCCCAAGAAACGCCCUUGGGACGUUCCUAGAACGUGCAAUGUCAGUCCAGUGGACACAAAACUAGAAAUGCCCUAAGAACGUCCUAUGUCAGCAGCUUGGAUAAAAAACUAUGAAUAUCCCAAGAACGUCCUUGGGACGUUCCUAGGACUUCCAAUUUCAGCGCAGUGGACACAAAACUAUAAACAUCCCCAGAACGUCUUUGGGACGUUCCUGUGACGUCCUAUGUCAUCCCAGUGGGCAAAAAACUAUGAACAUCCCAAGAACGUCCUUGGAACGCUCUUAUGACGUCCUAUUUUAGCGCAGUUGACAAAAAACUAAAAACAUCCCAAGAACGUCAUUGGGACGUUCUUAGAACGUUUUAUGACAGCCCAGUGGGCACAAAACCUUCAAAAUCCUAAGAACGUCCUAUGUCAGCACAAUUGGAAAAAAACUAUGAUUAUUUCAAGAUCGUCCUAUGUCAGAACAUUUGGAAAGAAAACUAUGAGCAUCCCAAGAAAGUCAUUAGGACGUUCCUAGGACGUCCUAUAUCAUCCUAGUGGGCAAAAAACUAUGAACGUCCUCGGGACGUUCCUAGGAUAUCCAAAGUCAGCACAAUGGACCGAAAACCAUCCACAUCCCAAGAACGUCCUUGAUUUGUUCUUAGGACGUCCUAUGUCAGCCCUGUGGAUACAAAACUAUAAACAUCUCAAGAACGUCCUAUGUCAACACAGUGGGCAGAAAACUGGACAUCCUUGGUUCGUUCCUAGGACGUCCAAUGUCAGACAAAACUAUAAAAAUCCCAAGAAUGUCCUAUGUCAGCCCAGUGGGCCCAAACUAUAAACGUCCUUGGGACGUUUCUAGGAUAUCCUAUGUCAGCACAAAUCCAUCAAUAUCCCAAGAACGUCCUUGAUUCGUUCCUAGGUCGUCCGUAGUCAGCACAGUCGACACAUAAACUAUAAAAAUCUCCAGAACGUCCUCGGGUCGUUCCUAGAACGUCCCAUCUCAGCACUUUCUUUCAACACGGAGGAAUCGAAAUAAAGAUUCACUAGAUUUUUAGAUAAGGAAGUUGAAAAAGAUGAUAUUAUGACAAUGAUGAUGAUGGCGAAGAUUGUUUGUCGAAUUAAUUGUAACAUAUAAGUGAUGAUACCGGGUAGGAAUUAUAAUUUGUAUCAGUCUGUGCGCUGCAAGCUAAAUUCGUGUAGCAUGUACACAGUUGCCUUUUGCGACGCGAUUGAAAACGCGUCGAUACUUUUAUUUUUUCCUCGUACGCUUAGGUUUUCUGAGUCAAUGCGAGCGGAUAGAAGCGUUCAAACAUUUAUUUACUGUGCGAUGAUUUUUUUUUCUUCAUCGAUUGGAACUGAAAAAAAGGGUCGGCUGGAGAAAAGAGCUCAGAGUGAGCUCAAGAUGAAAUCAUGCGUGAGUAAUGUAGAUCGUGCCUAAAUUUAAAAGGCCCCAGGGUUCAACCGAGUAAUAUGGUGUGUGUCUUUUUCCUUCGAGAGGAACGUAUUAAGAAAAAAUCUAUUACAGACACCUAUUAUACAUCUCUAUAGUCUGUUUAAAAAUAUUACUUAUUGAAUUAUCAAUCUCAUGUUCACCUUGUUUCAUCGUUUUUAAAUAGUUAAUAAACGUUUUACCAAUUU